GGGAGCGAGCGUCUACAGCUGUCGUCACAGGCAGCGGACGACACCGACAACAUGACUGACACAAAUAAUACUACUAAUACCACUCAAAGUACUGAUACCACUGAUACUACCGAUACCACUCAAAGUACUGAUACCACUGAUACUACUGAUACCACUCAAAGUACUGAUACCACUGAUACUACCGAUACUACUACAACUGACACAACCAAUACUACUACUACUACUGCUGACACUUGUACUACUACAACCAAUACGACUACGGAUAUAACUACAACAGAUACUACGACAGCAGCAUGUUGUCCAUCAGCUACCACUACAGCUUCUCCUGAUGAUCCAGAUGAGGACACGGAGAGAGAGACGUCCACCGGAGAAGAGAAAGGUGAUGAUGAGCCGCUGUGUGAUGUCCUCUCAGGAGCAACCGAGGACGAGUCUCAGCAGAAGUCCUCGACUCCGACGAGAGACAAACCAGAUCCUCCCAGCACUCUGCUGUUGUCAGGGUUACGUCCAAAGAAGAAGAGAGUGCUGGUGGCUCCGGCUCUCAGUCUGUCUCUAGGUCGCAGCGAGUCCAUGGUCUCUGACGACUUCCCGUCGGGUUUCCUCUCGCCCUCACCUGACGACCACGAUGACCCCGGGCUCGACCUUGAUCUAGACGGCAUGGAAACACCCUCAGACAGCGAAUCACUGCUCUUCCCCAUCUACGACUUGGAUCUGGAAGACGACCUGUGGCGUCUUGGCGUGGCGUCCCACCGUCAGCACCCCACGGGAUCCAGGUCUGUCAGGUCGGACCGGAGUGAACUGGGAGCUCUGGAGAGGGAGGACGUGGUGGACAGCCAGGGCACAAGGUGGCGCUGUUUCUCCACAGGUGACCCCCCCCAGGAGAGCCGGGUCGACAUGAGCGUCCUGGAGCCGUUUCUCCGAGUUCUGUCUCACGGAGGUUACUAUGGAGACGGUAUGAAUGACAUCAUCGUCUUUUCCUCCUGUUACCUGCCACAGAACCGUCUGAAGAACUACACGUAUGUGAUGGACAAUCUGUUCAGGUAUGUUGUGGGGACUCUGGAUCUGAUGGUUGCUGAAAACUAUGUGAUGGUUUAUCUUUGUGCUGGAGGACAAAGAGACAAACUCCCAGAGUUCAGUUGGCUCCGAGAGUGUUACACCACCGUCCACAGGAGGUUGAGGAAGAACCUGAAAGGUUUCCACGUGGUUCAUCCCACCUGGUACAUCAAAGCUCUCAUCACCAUCAUCAAACCCUUCAUCAGCUCCAAGUUCAGCAGGAAGUUGCAGUUCGUCAACAGUCUUCAGGAACUUUCAGAUUUCAUCCCGACGGAACACGUCCAGAUUCCAGACUGCGUUCGACUGUACGAUCAGAAUCUGUCCGGGUGAAACACGUCCUCUUCAUAUCCAGCAGGGGGCGCUCCAGUGCUCAGGGAGGUUCUCUGCGUGUUUUCUAAACAGUGUUAACGUAGAAUAAAUCAACCUGGUCCCUGUUUUUACAAAGUCAAUAUUAAUUUCAUUCAAUGACAGAAAAUAAACCUAAUUUGACGUCAUUGUCAGAACAAACAUUUCGUUAUUAAAAAACAUGAAUCUUUACUCCGAACGUAUCAAACAUUUUUACACAAAGUUCAACUCGUACAAAAAGCAUCUUACGUGUUUUUUAAGAUUUUCUUUGUGUUAUUUUUAUGUUGAGUCAGAAUCUGAGGCGGAUUUUUACUCGUGUUGUAGAUUUAGAAACUAAAGUGUUUUCUCCUGGAGUUGAACCAUCAACCUGCCGGGGUUACUGCCUUGCUUCAAAAUGAAUCAACUGAAACAUGUUGGUGAUGAAUAAAAUC